AUGACGCAACUUGCACCAGUCCAGCAGUGCUUGAUGCACAUGGAAAGCUUCUCCUCCCAUCUACUACCUCCUGCCGAUGACACUCCAACAUUUCAGCUGGAGCGGCUGUCUCCACCGGGCGCUACUGGUCCACACAUGACGACAAUGAUUCGUGUCGCGCUCUGCCAGGCCAUCAUGAGCAGUGGCGAAUGCGUUAGGGGCGGCGCUGCCGCUGUUGUGCUGGUUUUUGGUUGUGGGUUCGAUGAUCAUAUCAGGCUGUUGCUUGUUGGCGGCUGUUUCCAGCCGACGCACAAGCAGCCAUCGUCACCGCCACCACCACCAUCAUAUGCCAACACGACGCGACACCACCGUGGUGUCCCCCACUCACUCGCCAAAAGUAACUCCGCAGUAUAA